GUGACAUUGGGCGCCCGGGGCGCGGGGAGAUGCUGAUCCGGAAGAGGCAGCGGCUGCAGUGCAGCGCUCGCGGCAGCUCCCAGCCCGCCGUCCGGCCUGGGCUGCUGGAGCAGAGUUUCUGAUCCAACGCGACCCGGCCCGGAGACUGAAGCCCCAGAGGCAGCGCGGCGGCGCCGGCAGCGUCCUAACUUGCACGCGCAGAGGGACUCCAGACAUUUCACUAAAAUGAACGUGCUUAGCAGGAAGAGAUGUGUUCCUUACGCUAGAAAUCACCCCGUCACAUGUAGUGGUGUCCCAUUUAAUGGAUUCUGACAUGGAUUAUGAAAGGCCAAACGUAGAGACCAUCAAGUGCGUUGUGGUGGGGGACAACGCCGUGGGCAAGACCAGGCUCAUCUGUGCCCGUGCCUGCAAUGCCACCCUCACCCAGUACCAGCUGCUGGCUACCCACGUGCCCACAGUGUGGGCCAUCGACCAGUACCGCGUGUGCCAGGAGGUGCUGGAACGCUCCCGAGACGUGGUAGAUGAUGUCAGUGUCUCCCUGCGCCUCUGGGACACCUUUGGGGACCACCAUAAAGACCGUCGCUUUGCUUAUGGGAGAUCUGAUGUGGUAGUUCUCUGCUUCUCCAUUGCCAACCCCAAUUCCCUCCACCAUGUCAAGACCAUGUGGUACCCAGAAAUCAAGCACUUCUGCCCCCGAGCACCUGUCAUCUUGGUGGGCUGCCAGCUGGACCUGCGCUAUGCCGACCUGGAGGCCGUCAAUAGGGCCAGACGACCCUUGGCUAGGCCCAUCAAGCCCAACGAGAUUCUUCCCCCAGAGAAGGGUCGAGAGGUGGCCAAGGAACUGGGCAUCCCCUACUAUGAGACCAGCGUGGUGGCCCAGUUUGGCAUCAAGGACGUGUUUGACAAUGCCAUCCGGGCCGCACUCAUCUCCCGCCGUCACCUGCAGUUCUGGAAGUCCCAUCUCCGCAAUGUGCAGCGGCCUCUGCUGCAGGCGCCCUUUCUGCCCCCCAAGCCACCGCCCCCCAUCAUUGUGGUGCCCGACCCCCCUUCCAGCAGCGAGGAGUGCCCCGCCCACCUCCUGGAGGAUCCGCUCUGCGCGGACGUCAUCCUGGUGCUGCAGGAGCGGGUGCGCAUCUUUGCCCACAAGAUCUACCUCUCCACCUCCUCCUCCAAGUUCUACGACCUGUUCCUCAUGGACCUGAGUGAGGGGGAGCUGGGGGGCCCCUCGGGGCCAGGGGGCGCCCGCCCAGAGGACCACCAGGGCCACCCUGAUCAACACAACCACCAUCACCACCAUCACCACCAUGGGCGGGACUUUCUGCUUCGGGCAGCCAGCUUUGACGUGUGUGAGAGCGUGGACGAGACCGGAGGCUCUGGCCCUGCUGGCCUCCGAGCCUCAACCAGCGAUGGGAUCUUACGGGGCAACGGAACAGGGUAUCUGCCGGGCAGGGGUCGUGUGCUAUCUUCCUGGAGCCGAGCUUUUGUGAGCAUCCAGGAAGAGAUGGCAGAAGAUCCCCUGACCUACAAAUCCCGGCUGAUGGUGGUGGUAAAGAUGGAUAACUCCAUCCAGCCGGGGCCCUUCCGGGCUGUUCUCAAGUACCUGUACACCGGGGAGCUGGACGAGAAUGAGCGGGACCUCAUGCACAUUGCCCAUAUUGCUGAGCUGCUGGAGGUCUUUGAUCUGCGCAUGAUGGUGGCCAAUAUUCUCAACAAUGAGGCCUUCAUGAAUCAGGAGAUCACCAAGGCCUUCCAUGUCCGUCGAACCAACCGGGUUAAGGAGUGCUUGGCAAAAGGCACAUUCUCAGAUGUGACCUUCAUCCUGGAUGAUGGCGCCAUCAGCGCCCACAAGCCCUUGCUGAUUUCCAGCUGUGACUGGAUGGCUGCCAUGUUUGGGGGGCCGUUUGUGGAGAGUUCCACCCGGGAGGUGGUGUUUCCUCACACAAGCAGGAGCUGCAUGAGGGCAGUGCUGGAAUACCUCUACACCGGCACGUUCACCUCCAGUCCUGACCUGGACGACAUGAAGCUCAUCAUCCUGGCCAACCGCCUCUGCCUGCCGCACCUGGUGGCCCUCACAGAGCAGUACACAGUGGCUGGGCUGAUGGAAGCAACCCAGAUGAUGGUGGACAUCGAUGGAGACGUCCUUGUGUUCCUGGAACUGGCUCAGUUCCACUGUGCGUACCAGCUGGCUGACUGGUGUCUCCAUCACAUCUGCACCAACUACAACAACGUGUGCCGCAAGUUUCCCCGAGACAUGAAGGCCAUGUCCCCAGAAAACCAGGAGUAUUUUGAGAAGCACCGGUGGCCGCCUGUUUGGUACCUGAAGGAGGAAGACCACUACCAGCGGGCCCGGAAGGAGCGUGAGAAGGAGGACUACCUGCACCUGAAACGGCAGCCCAAGCGGCGGUGGCUGUUCUGGAACAGUCCCUCCUCGCAGUCCUCCUCGGCGGCCUCCUCGGCAUCUCCAUCCUCCUCUUCGGCCGUGGUCUGAGAUGCUGCCACCCUCCUCCGAUCCUGCUGCUGUUGUCCCCACCGCCCAGCCCCUCCGUCCUUCUGCAUCACCCCUCCACCUUACGGGGACAACGGGAUCCGCAGGACCCUAAGGGCGAUGCUGUCCUCACCAGCCAGAGAGGAGCCCCUCCCUGGGGAUCAGAAUGGGAACCACCUGCAGAGGUCUCCAGGUCCUCAGCUGGAUGGGAGACAAUUGCUGGGGGUGGAGCUGGAGCGGAGCUGCAAGCUCUGGCUUAUUUUCUCGGGGUCCCAGCAUCUUGGAGUCAAAGGGAAAAGCCCCCAGCCUUUAGGGCCUGCUGGAUGUCUUGGUCUCUGCUCAGGCCAGGGAGGCAGCUGCCCUCCCCUUGAGCAGAAGUGAGUUGCCAGGGUCCUGCCUCUCUUGGCCAUGUCCUUGCCACCAGUGGACUUAACGGUUGUAUAUGUUUUGUGGGCAUUUCCACAUAGAAGCUACUCAAAUCCUCACUGGAGAAGUCAGGGUAGAAAUGAAGCCUUCAGAGCCUGACUCAGGCUUCUACAUCCAAGAGGCCACUAGCAGAAAGGCCUGCAUCCGGCCUGCAUCCCUCCCUCCCAGGGCUGUGGCCGUGCAGGCCUGGUGAUAGAGCCAGAGGUUGUGUGGCGCUCCAGGUAUGCAAGCCGUGCGUCUUGGUGCACUGAGAAAAUUCUCCCUCACCCCUCAGAUUUGGAGAUGGGAACCACAGGCAACAGCUGGGGUAGGAGAAGAAGUAGUGGGUGGGGUCUGUGGGCACCAAUCCUGUGCUCCUCUGGGCCUUUCCUCUGCUUCUGGGUAGCACUGCUUUUUACGGGGUGGGGCAAAAUUAGCAAAAAACAAAACCCAAACUGAAAGCGAAACAAAAUCACCACCAACAAAACACCCUGUCCUCUGUCCCCUCAAAGAAUGAAAACCAGAAAAAGGCCCCAUAUAGCUUACAUUUUUAUAAAGCCAAACAGAUGCCCCCAUGAUGAGAAGAUGAAGGUUUAGGGUGUAGAAUCAACUCCAGUGCCUUUCAGGAAAGGACUUAUCACCUUCUCACUCAGGAUGCCUGGACCCUGCUGGCUAGCUCUCAGGGCAGCAUAGAGUCCUGGCUCUCCAUGUUGGGGCUGGUGUCAGGGAGGGGUUUGGUCUCAGGGCUCUUUUGCUCACCUGGAGACUGUGGGCACUCUCACCAGAACCUUGAGCCUCCUGUCCCCUGCCGGCUUUGCUGUGUGUAGAAGUGGGCAGAAUAGGAGAGCAGGACUCCCCUGUACUGAAGGGUCACAGAACAUACGGAACCUUAAUGCUAGUUAAGGAGAAGGAAGAAAUGGACAGAAGGAAAUGUAAGUUUAGUCUAGAGAGCAGGAUGGAACUGAGGGUCUGUUGGGGUUAAAACUGUAGCUCAGCCCCCAUGGGGCAGAAGCUGGGCCACAAUUGACCCUUUUCUGUUUUCUAACUCUGACCCAUAUUUUAUCACCCCACACUGUUUUUAGAUUUAAAAGGUGGGGUCCCCUUGACACAGGGCAGAGCUGGGAGGCUGUGGAGUCAGGGGCUUAGAGCACCAGGAGUCCCUCACCUGAGAAGGAUGCUUUGGCUGAGGGGGACCUGGGAUACUCAUUAGCUCUGGGAUAGAGCAGACCCAGAAGCAAAGGCAAUCUCUGCGAUGGUUGGGUGGUGCCAGGACCUGGAGGUUAAUUCUCAUCUAGAGCAGGCAGUGGAAGGAUAAGCAGGUCUAACAAUGAGAUGAAUCCAUGUUGUCUGUGCCCGGGAUGCUCCCAGGCUAUGACUGCCAGGUGCUCUAGGGUGGCUGGCUGGGAAGCCAGUGGUGGACUGCCCUCUACAGGCUAUUCAGCUUUCCUGCAGCUGAGCUCAGUCAGAGCUCAGCCCCAGGCUGAGGAUCCCAGGGAUGGAGCAAGAGGGAAAUUUUAGGCAGGGAGCCCAGUGCAGCAGGCUGCACCUUGCCUCUGCUGAAGGGGGGUGGGGAACAGUAUGGAUAUGCCGGACCCCCAGGAACUCUAGGACCUCAAGGGGAAGGGGGAAAUGUUUGUCUCAGGUGCCUGCAUAGCUAAACAAGGUGGGUUCACUGAUGAGAAUGAGGGAGGGCAAAUAAAGGUCAGCUGAGGGUUGGGGGAGCCCGCAGAAGAGUAGCUACAGGACUCCCCCAGCAGCCAAGGUCUGCUCACCCCUCAGGGACUUGCUGAACUUCCUGACAGCUCUGCCAGAACCAGUCUGCAGUACUAGGGAGCUCUGCAGCCCAGAGAAACACCCUGGAGCUGUGGGUGAGCCAUGCCAGCCUGGUGUCCCUGUGCCCAGAGGGAAGCAAGGCCCAAGUUCCAUAAACCUGGCACUUACCCGGGAAAUCCAGGGUGUCAGAGGCACCCUGUGUGGGGCGAGCCUGAAGGCACAGAUGGGAGGGAAGGAGUGAGUCAUAGGGUAAGAACAUACCCUGGACUCCUGUCGCCAAGAGCCGCAUCAGAGGAGAAGGGGAAGAUGGGGGCAAAAUCCCCAAACAAAUGACAAAAAACACACCUCUUUUUAUAUAAGGUUUCAUAUUUAAUUUGGUCAUGAGUUCAUAAAUACAUGGAUAUUUUGUAUCUAAUUGCCUUCUUUGCAUUGUGUAAUAGCACAGAUUCAGAUGGAGAACUUCACUGAACAGCAGCAGAAAGAGAUACACAAUCACUAAGGCAACACCAUAUUGGCCGGGUGCAGUGGCUCAUGCCUGUAAUCCUGACCUUUUGGAAGGCUGAGGCUGGUGGAUUGCUUG